AUGCCACCAAAGGGAUGGAGAAAAAACCCAGAUGGAACAUAUCCACCUCCCAACCACGACCAUGAAAAGAUCUCUAUUGAUGAGAUUUUAUUUCCAAAGGCAACUCUACUUCGAUUAUCGAAAUCAGUAUUACAGGAUGGUAAUUUAAUUUCCAGAGACUCAGUAACUGCGAUUCAAAGAUCGGCUACAGUUUUUGUUUCUCAUUUGAUGCUAUUCGCAAGAAAUAUAACCUCAGAGAAUGGCAGGAGCACUGUUAAUACUCAGGAUUUAUGUGAAGCAUUAGAAAAAGUUGGGUAUGGGAGUUUUGUGCCAACCAUUCAAAAAGAUUUGGAAGUGUUCAUUGAGAAUAAAAAACAGAAAAAAAUGAGAAAGCUUCAAGAAAAAGAG